AUGGAUGAUAUUCGAUGCAGAGUACUACCUGAAGAGUGGAAUAGUUGCACCAUCGAACGUCUUGAGCAGCUCUCUGUGUACAUACCAUUCAAGAAACCCCGCCCCUCAGAAUAUUUGCAUAAUACGAUGAAGAAUUCGAUAUUUUCUCUGACCCCGCUGGUCUCCUUCUGCUCCGCUGCGCGUCUACUCCUCCAGAUCCCCAAUACGCACCUUGUAAACCCCUCCACUCUUCCGUCUACAACACAUGCAACCCUGCAAUCAUCUGGGCCUCCACUAGAUGCAUACCUCACGCGCUCAAAUACAUUCAACUUCAAUAAUGUCAGCGCGGGUAGCUACCUCGCUACCGUGCAUUGCCGCGACUACGCGUUUGAGCCGCUGCGCAUCGACGUCAGUAUCGAGGAGGCUGUAGAGGGCAGCGGAGAGAAAAAGGAGAUGAUCAGGGCGUGGCAGACAUUUCUGGGUAACGAGUGGGACAACAAGGGCGAGAGCAGGGGAGAAGGUGGGAACGGUUUGGUGAUUGAGGCAAGACCGCUAGCGAAGAAGUACUUUUACCAGGAGAGGCAAGGGUUCUCGCCGUUAUCCUUCUUGAAGAAUCCCAUGAUUCUCAUGGCAGUCGUGUCUAUGGGCCUGAUCUUCGGCAUGCCCAAAUUGAUGGAGAAUAUGGAUCCGGAGAUGAAAGAGGAGUUUGAGGAGAUGCAGAAGACCGGUGUCCUGGGCUCAGGAUCGACAAAUACCGCACAACAAAUACAAAAUUUCGAUCUCGCCUCAUGGAUGGCUGGCAAGACGGACUCUGGGAGUGCGGCUCAGCGCGCGUCGAAUCCCGCUACUGUUGGGCAAUCGAAGAAGCGAUAG